AGGCUGCAGUCGCUGCUCGCCAGGCUGCUGCUCGGUGGGAAUGCAGCCGUGGCGGUGGUUUGUGCUCUGUUCCUACGGGUUUUUAAUGAUCGGCUCGGACAAACAGGCUUCUUUUAAGCUUUGCGAGGCUAUCUGCUGAUUGCAUAAUUCAAUUUGUCAAGAGAAAAAACUGAUAAGCAGCAGCUCUAACUGAAGAGGAGAAUCAGGUUGGCACAGUGACAGAUGUUCGGAUAAAGAAGUUGGCUCAGAGAGGAUGUACGGAGUCUGAUUUUUUUUUUUUUUAUUUUUUUUCCUCCUCUCCCCCUCAAUCCAAAUGAAGACUAUCAUGGGAACUGUAUUCACAUGGUGAUCAAAAGAAAUACUUGAGUGAUGAACUGCUUUUGCAGAAGAAGUCUAAGGCAGUAAUUUGAGCUUUUGUGUGCAGUAGCUAGCUUGUUUUGCUGAAGCGUUUUUCCUCAGCGGUAUUUCUGCCUAAUGUGUUUCCUGAUGGAGAAGCCACAGCUACUGCCGGGUGAAGGGAAAAUGAACGCUCUGCAUUGCUUGUGUCUCUGACAGAGUAACGCCGUCUCUGUUGCUGUCGUUUGGGGAGGCUGGAUUCAACCAGCAGUAUUAUUCAAGGAGUUCAUUGUCCCUGUGGUCUGACUCAUCGCAUGUAAAUGUACUGCAGCCGUGCUGUACGUUGCAGAUAUUUUUCUUGCAUGGGAAAGAAUUAUUUUUCUCUAAGCAGGUCCUGAGUAACUGCUGGAAGCAAGAUGUGUUUUUCUGGCUGGACUGUUUUUGACAUUGAGAAAGGAAGCUGUAGAAUGACAGGAUGAUCAGAAGGCGCGUUUAUUUUCAGUCACCAGAAAGCCUGCGACGGUUGAUUUAAAACUGACCUUGCAGGAGUGGGUAUAGCUGCGGCUGUCUCUCUUGGGGCAAUUGUUCCUUGUUUCAUCCUCAAUAGGACGGUGUGGUGUCUUCUUCUGCAACAAUGAUUUCACUGUGGGGGUAGAAGGACGCUGUGGAAGUUGUGACAUUAACCAAGACAAAUUUCCUUGUGAAAGGACAGCUGUGCGCGACAGUGAGUGCUGUUCGAAUGGAAUUGGACCUUGGGAUAUUUUUAUCUGCUGUUCCACAGUUUCGUUAUUGUGGUUUCGAUGCCUAGGGAAAUUUUAUUUUAAAAACACCAACUUUUUUCCAGCAUUCUCUUCAAUAUCUUAGGGUGUUUAAAUCUGAAAAAUGAAGUGCAAGGAGGGAUUGGAGUGGCCUUUUUUAAAUGCUAAUACACCAGCAGUAGCACUCACAACUUUGUGAGGGCAUGUGAAACAGGUGGAAGUAUUUCCUCUAUGGUCCCUGUUGUGGUACCUGUGGUCUGGUUCCAAACAUACCAUUUCUGGCUUUUUUUUUUGUUGUUGUUGUUGCUUUUGCUUCCUCAAACGGAUCGAAUGAGUCGAGUCUGUAUUGUUGUUUUGGAGGAGGUAGAAGAUGAUUCUCCGACGUUUAUUUCCAAAUUACCUCAGGAAAAUGUAUCUUUAUGUCCAUCGCCCUCUGGAAACGUGCUGCCACCAUUGGUUCAAGCUAUAUUUAAUGGAGAUCCUGAUGAAGUUCGAGCACUGAUAUUUAAGAAAGAAGAUGUUAAUUUUCAGGAUAAUGAGAAAAGGACCCCUUUACAUGCUGCUGCCUAUCUGGGAGAUGCAGAAAUUAUUGAACUACUUAUUUUAUCUGGAGCUAGAGUUAAUGCCAAAGACAGCAAAUGGUUGACUCCUUUACACAGAGCUGUGGCAUCUUGUAGUGAGGAUGCUGUUCAGGUGUUGUUAAAGCAUUCAGCAGAUGUCAAUGCUCGUGAUAAAAACUGGCAGACACCCCUACAUAUAGCAGCUGCAAACAAAGCUGUGAAAUGCGCUGAAGCUUUGGUGCCUCUCCUAAGCAACGUAAAUGUGUCUGAUCGAGCAGGCAGAACGGCAUUGCAUCAUGCAGCUUUCAGUGGACACGUUGAGAUGGUCAGCUUACUGUUGUCUAGAGGGGCCAAUAUUAAUGCAUUUGACAAGAAAGACAGACGAGCUAUACAUUGGGCAGCAUAUAUGGGUCAUAUUGAAGUUGUGAAAUUACUUGUGGCCCACGGGGCUGAAGUGACAUGCAAAGACAAGAAAUCAUAUACACCCUUACAUGCUGCAGCAUCUAGUGGGAUGAUCAGUGUUGUCAAGUAUCUUCUAGAUCUUGGAGUGGAUAUGAAUGAACCAAAUGCCUAUGGAAAUACCCCUCUCCAUGUAGCUUGCUACAACGGGCAAGAUGUUGUAGUGAAUGAACUCAUAGACUGCGGUGCUAAUGUAAAUCAAAUGAAUGAGAAGGGGUUUACACCUUUGCACUUUGCUGCUGCAUCAACACAUGGAGCAUUGUGUUUGGAGCUUUUGGUCUGUAACGGAGCAGAUGUAAAUAUGAAGAGUAAAGAUGGGAAAACACCUUUGCACAUGACAGCGAUCCAUGGUAGAUUUUCAAGAUCCCAAACCAUCAUUCAAAAUGGAGCUGAAAUAGACUGUGAAGAUAAGAAUGGAAAUACUCCUUUGCACAUAGCAGCUAGAUAUGGCCAUGAGCUAUUAAUCAACACUCUGAUUACGAGUGGUGCUGACACUGCGAAGCGGGGUAUACAUGGGAUGUUUCCUCUCCAUUUGGCAGCAUUAAGUGGAUUUUCAGACUGCUGCAGAAAGCUCCUCUCAUCAGGUUUUGACAUUGACACACCAGAUGACUUUGGCAGGACUUGUCUUCAUGCAGCUGCAGCUGGAGGGAAUUUGGAGUGCCUAAACCUCCUGCUAAAUACUGGUGCAGACUUCAACAAAAAGGACAGAUUUGGGAGAACUCCACUCCAUUAUGCUGCUGCCAAUUGUAAUUAUCAGUGCCUGUUUGCCCUUGUGGGAUCUGGAGCUAGUGUGAAUGACCUUGAUGAGAGGGGUUGUACACCUCUGCACUAUGCAGCUGCAUCAGACACAGAUGGAAAGUGCCUGGAAUACUUGCUAAGGAAUGAUGCCAACCCGGGGAUCCGAGACAAACAAGGAUACAAUGCAGUUCAUUAUUCAGCUGCUUAUGGUCAUCGCUUAUGCCUUGAAUUGAUUGCAAGUGAAACACCUCUAGAUGUUCUGAUGGAAACAUCAGGUACUGACAUGCUGAAUGAUUCAGACAACAGAGCACCUAUAAGUCCGCUGCAUUUAGCUGCUUAUCAUGGCCACCAUCAAGCUCUGGAAGUGCUGGUACAGUCACUGCUGGACCUUGAUGUGAGGAAUAAUAAUGGAAGGACACCGUUGGAUCUGGCUGCCUUUAAGGGUCACGUGGAAUGUGUAGAUGUGCUUAUUAAUCAGGGAGCAUCAAUCUUGGUGAAAGAUUAUGUUGUAAAGAGGACCCCUAUACAUGCUGCAGCUACAAAUGGUCAUUCGGAAUGUUUGCGGCUGUUGAUAGGAAAUGCAGAACCACAGAACGCAGUGGACAUUCAAGACGGAAAUGGACAGACUCCUCUGAUGUUGUCAGUUCUCAAUGGGCACACUGACUGCGUUUAUUCACUCCUUAACAAAGGAGCAAAUGUAGAUGCCAAAGAUAAGUGGGGAAGGACAGCAUUGCAUAGAGGGGCAGUUACGGGGCAUGAGGAAUGUGUGGAAGCAUUGCUUCAACAUGGUGCUAAGUCCUUAUUACGAGACUGUAGGGGACGAACCCCUAUACACUUGUCAGCUGCAUGUGGACAUAUAGGUGUUCUUGGAGCUCUCCUGCAGUCAGCUACGUCUGUGGAUGCAGUACCUGCAAUAGCAGACAAUCACGGCUAUACAUCACUGCAUUGGGCCUGCUAUAAUGGUCAUGACAGUUGUGUAGAGCUCCUCCUGGAACAGGAAGUUUUCCAGAAAAUGGAAGGAAAUUCUUUCAGUCCAUUGCAUUGUGCUGUGAUAAAUGACAAUGAAGGUGCUGCAGAAAUGUUAAUUGAUACACUAGGUGCUGGUAUUGUAAAUUCAACAGAUUCAAAAGGAAGAACUCCUCUUCAUGCAGCAGCUUUUACAGAUCACGUCGAGUGUCUACAGCUUCUGCUCAGUCACAAUGCUCAAGUAAACGCUGUGGAUUCUUCUGGGAAAACACCUUUAAUGAUGGCUGCAGAAAAUGGACAGACGAAUACAGUUGAGGUGCUGGUUAGCAGUGCUAAGGCUGAUCUGACUUUGCAAGACAGUUCUAAGAACACAGCACUCCAUUUGGCUUGCAGCAAGGGUCAUGAAACUAGUGCCUUGUUAAUACUGGAGAAGAUUACGGAUAGAAACCUCAUCAAUGCCACCAAUGCAGCCUUGCAAACACCUCUGCAUGUAGCUGCUCGGAAUGGACUAACGGUUGUAGUUCAAGAGCUUUUAGGGAAGGGAGCAAGUGUACUUGCUGUAGAUGAAAAUGGUUACACACCAGCUUUGGCCUGCGCGCCCAAUAAGGAUGUGGCCGAUUGCCUAGCUCUCAUUCUGGCCACAAUGAUGCCUGUUUCAUCGAGCAGCACGUUACCUUCCCUUACAUUCAAUGCCAUUAAUCAUUACACCAACACCUCAAAAACUGUCACCUUCGACUCUUUGCCAAUCAUGAGGAGCGAACAUAGCUCCUACUGUACUUUCAACAACAUUGGCAGGGAAGGUGGGUACCCAUACACAGAAGACGACGAGCUCAAUGACUCAGAUUCUGAGACCUAUUAGAAGCUACGUUUUGUAGGUCUGAAGAGUGAACCCUCAUGCUGGAAGGUCAGACUUGUGCUAUCACAAAGCUAGCAGUGUUUGAAUGCCAAAAGAGGACAGACCUUUGAGAAGAUGUUUGUUGUUUUUCUUUUUUUAUUGUGUUUGCAUAUAAAAAAAAUCUGUGAGACUCUAGGAAGAUUUUUAAAAGCAUAUUUUGCAGAAGAAGCAUAAAUUCUUGACUAAGUACUUGGAAUCCGUGGCAAAAAAUAAAAAUAAAAAAUAAAGAAUGUCAAAACUGUUUUAUUUAACUGUACCUACCAUUCUGUUUCUGGUGCCAGAAGUAAUUUCUGCAGACUGGGCACCCUACUUGAUGUAAAUGGACAGCACUAUCGUACAACACAAAGGAUGCUAGAUUUAAAUAUUAUCAAUAAAACUAAAACCAUUUUGAAGGCAAUAAAUGAGUUUGGUACAGUAGGCAUUGUUUGUGCUGCAAAUUGCCAAAGGACCAAAUAACUUAAAGAAUUAUUUUUUUUUUUUAAUUAAGUUUUUGCGAAAACUGGAAUAGGUUAUUUGAGAAGUUGUUUCAACCAAACCUUAAUCACUUCUGAAAAGAAGCUUAGAUUUGGGUUUAAAUGUUGGGGGGGGGUCUAAUUAUUUUUUUUUAAUCAUCUGAAAGCCUUCCAACACUAUUACAUGUACCAUGAAAGAAAGCAGAUGUACUUUUAAGUUUUUGGUUUCUCUUUCUUUUAGGUGAAAUGAAAAUUAACUUGUCAUACUUUUGUAAUACUGAAAUUAAACCAGCUAACAAGGUGAAGUCAGGGUGAAAAAUGUACAGUGUAAUAAACAAGGGAAGGGGUGGGAGAUGUGGGAGGGAAGCAGUAAUUGUUGCACAGCUUUAGGUUUUUUUAACUUUGGGUUUUGGAUUGAGAUUUUUUUUUUUUUAAUUUAAAAAUACACCAGGAACUCGGAAACUACGAAACUGCAUAAAAAAUUGAAAUGAAAUGUCUUGAUAACCCUGUUGUGGCUGAGAGUUCUUUUCAAUAAUUUGUCCACUUCCUUACAUUGUAUAUCCCUACCACUUUUUCUUUUUUAAAUCCUGGCAUUACAAGGGGCAGGGGGAGGUGAAUUUAAAAGUAUAUUUCCCUAUUAGAGAAAUAAAGUACAGUGUCUGGUCUGUGGGAAGAGCUGUGUAUCUUUGUUGUGCUCCAUUUAGAAAAUAAACAGCAGAAGCAGGUCCCUGUAAUGUAGUUCAGACUUGCCCGAAUAUUUUUUUUUUAAUUUAUAACAGACUACUGUGUUUUUUAAUUGCCUGAAGAAUGAAAAACUGACAUAAGUAAGCUGAAGUUUUGUCUGUUAAAUAUGAAUAUUUACUUUAUUUGGCUCUGCUUUAACUAUAACUGUUACUUUUCAAGUGAAUUUGUUCAUGUACAUGCAAGGAAUCCUUGCGUGUCCUGAUAAAGUACAAAUAAAUUACUACAAACUGAUUCCAAUUUCCUUUUUAUCCUUUUUGUAUUGUGAACUGGAAUCUUUAUGAUAUUGUAAAUUAUCAGCUGGUUUUCUGAACAUAGUGUGGAAACACGGGACAAUAUUUUGAUCUAUUUGAUAAUUUUGUGGGUUUUUUGAAGAAUUAAUGAGCAUGUACAUAGAAAUAGUGACUGCUUGAAUACUGUAUUUACCUGCACUCUUUCAGUACUUCAAGAUUCCUGUAUAUUUUACGGACUAUAAUAAAACCCAAAUGUGAGUUCUA